ACGAGUCAGCAUUGACUGACCAAAUGAAAGUACUGAAGAAGAAUAUGUUGUCCCUGCAUGCGCACAUGAACAUCAGAUUAGACUUCAUGCAGAGCACUCUAGACCAGAUCCUGGAUGUAUUGACAAGGCCAGGAUUCAGGCCACCAACACAAUCGCCAUUGCCGUUAUCGACGAUGUCAAGCCCCUUUCCAGUUCAAGCUGGUACACAGCCAAGUGGUACGUCUGCAGCAGUUGCACAGACUGUUGCGUCUUCUUCUUCGGGUCCAAUGGUGGGAGCUACAUCACCACAACAACCUGUUCCUCAACAGGGACAGUUGUAGGGUCAAUGGUAUCCUAAUACCCCAAUGAAACCGCCUCUUGCCUUCUCAGGCGAGAGAAAGGACGAAGAACUCAACACAUGGUUGAGGACCGUCCCGGUUUGGGUGAAGGCAAAGAGGACCUUGCCUAAGGAUGAAGUGGUAACCGCUGCAUCUUACCUCGAGGGUAAGGCAGCCAAGUGGCUAGAUGGGGUAGUGGUAAAGGCCGGGUAUGGGCGACGCAUGGCGGACUGGGCUAAGUCUCUGACGUUAGACCAGUUCAUGGAAAUGGUAGAAGCUCGAUGGCAUAAUCCACAGGAGGCACAAAGAGCCACUGACGCGAUUAACAAGAUGGACCAACGAAAGUUCAAGUCGGUCAGAGAGCUUACGACUACCGUUGAGAGCCUGAUCCUCGUCCCAGGCAUCAACUACAGUGACCAGUUCCUAUUUACUACGUUUGUUAGAUGUUUACCAGAGAACAUCAGGAACUUACUGGCCAGCGAGGCACGCACUGAGUACCAUUCGUUUGAGACACUGUCUAGGAAAGCCUUAGAUUUGGAGGCCACGCUAGGCAAUGCUCAACCAACCUCUCAGAUUGACACGAGGAAGAAGAAGAGUCCUCAGGAGUGGAAGAAGAAGGAGGCUAAGUUGAUGAUGGUUGAGUCCGAUGGGACUCAAACGGAGAUCGACGAGCUCACUGACCUGAUGGACUAUACACAGUUUGACGGCGAGGAGGUAGCUGAGGGUAGCACCCUCGCCGUGGUAGUCAAGACUAAGGCAGGUGGCCGAGGGAAGGGCCAACCUAGGAGUCAAGGAAAGGCCGGCCCCAAUCAGACCAAGCAGGCUGAAUGGGUGAAGAAGUCAUUCAUAGUGACCACUGACGCAAGCCAAUACGGCAUUGGCGCAGUGCUGGCUCAACAGGAUGGGAAAAAAUUGAGACCGAUUGAGUACAUGAGUAAGAAGAUGCCAUCAAAGAAGUUGGCAAAAUCCGCCUACGAAAGGGAACUCUAUGCUCUGUAUAAAGCACUUGUCCAUUGGAGACACUUCCUAUUGGGAAGGUUCUUCUACUUGAGGACUGAUCAUCAGACCCUCAAAUGGAUCAAGACUCAACCGGCUCUUUCUGACGCACUCAAGCGAUGGAUUGAGGUCAUAGACCAAUAUGACUUCAAGCUUGAGUACUUAAAGGGAGAGUACAACAAGGUUGCGGAUGCGCUAUCCCGUAGAGCAAACUACCUAGGUGCGUUAAUUUCUGACUUUGGCGUAUCUGACGAAGUAACUCAAUCAUUGGUGGGAGCCUAUCAGGAAGACCCUGUCACGAUGGACAUCAUGGGCAAACUUCAGGCAAAAGACAAGGCCACGGAAAGUGAGUUUGUGAUGGUGGACGGGUUACUCUAUCUUGAUAAGACAGGAAUAAAAAGGUUAGUAGUUCCAUCUAGUGAACAGUUGCGUAGUUUAUUUUUAGGCGAAUGUCAUGACGCAACCGGGCACUUUGGCUACAAGAAGACGAGUGCUAACUUAGUACAACGAUUUUGGUGGCCUGGUAUGUUUGAUGACGCGAAGAAGUACGUAGAGACCUGUCAGGUCUGUCAGCAGGACAAGCCGCUAACUCAAGCACCGCUUGGGUUGUUGAAGCCUUUGCCUAUCCCUGCUGGUCCAGGACAGAGUGUCUCCAUGGAUUUCAUGGACACCCUAGUGACUAGUAAGAGUGGCAAGAGGCACAUCUUCGUCAUCAUCGACCGAUUCACCAAGUACGCUAGACUAGUGGCUAUGCCAGAGACCACAAGAACUGACUACGUCAUCAAGUUGUUCAAAGACAACUGGGUGCGUGACUUUGGUUUACCAAAUUCAAUCGUUAGUGACCGAGAUGUCCGAUUCACAAGUGAGCUGUGGAAGAAGACUGCAGAACAGAUGGGCAGUUAACUUCAAAUGACUUCAGGGAAUCAUCCCGAAGCCAACGCACAAGCCGAACAAAUGAACAGAGUUGUA